UACUACUCAAGUAGUUUGUAUUUACUUUGUGUCACAUGCAUACCCCUCACGAUUACAAUACACCGCAAACGUUGAGCGGCAGAAAAACUAGAAAAGCAACCUGGUGAAUGUAUAAUAUUCAGUGAGGAGUUCAUUCUAUGAAGUUAGUUGUCCCAGUGUGUCAGCUGGAGGGUGUGGCGGCGUGUAAUUGGUCCAUCUGGAGCUUGUUUACCGGUACACGGCUCUGUCUUUCUUGGAGGAGAAUCUCACAGUCUGUCAGCAUGGCGACUGCGACGGUGGUAGUGUUAGUGCUUGUUCUGUUGGGACUCUCAGAUCUGUGUGUAGCCAGACGUGCCGCUAACUCUACAGGGAGUGUAACCCAUCCUUUUCGGGCACCUGUGCACGUACACAUGCAUAGUGACGGCGUCAGGCGCAAGAAUAACUCCACUUACAUCAAAGAUGAAGGGGACUAUUUCCUGAAGAAGAUAUUUGAGAAGUAUGGACGUGGGGAGAAACAGAUGGGCUUGGCUGACUUUGAAUUGUUGUUAGGACGAAUAGGAUUCGAACCUGAAAGGGUCGAUGGUGCCGAGGUGGAAGGCCAUGACGAACCACAUCGUGACCCUAGUGCGAGCACCGAGCAGGAAGUGCACGAUGAUGAUGACCAUAAGGACAGUGAAAACUCCCACUCAAAACAUGACAUGAACAACCGCCACAGAGAACAUGGCAAGAACAACCAUCACAGAGAACAUGGCAUGAACAACCAUCACAGAGAACAUGACAUGAACAACAGCCAUCACGAACGUGCUAACACUGACCACAAGUCUAAUGCGAGCAGUGGACGUGACCAUAAGGAGAACCAUGGUCACGGGGUCAAGGACAACAUUGAUCAUGACGGACACGGAGAUAGAGGACGUGUGCAGACAGAGAGUGACCGAGGCCAGACAGGUCACAGGGCUAAUGGGGGACCACGUGUACGCAGGGGGGUCAACCCGCGAACGAGACAUGGGAUGCAACAUGACUCCCAUACUGUUGUCAUCCAUACCCACGACCUUCACACUGACUGUCUCUCUGUGCAAGAACUCAUGAAAAUCUUCCAUGUUGAUGAAAGAGGUAAGGUUGGCAAAAAAGACUUGUUAUUCAUGUCCCCAGCUAUUUUAUAUCAGCUUGACAAUCCUCAUUGUCGUCGUCGACAUGAUGGGCCCCAUCACCACCACGUUGAGGCGAAAUCCACAGACUCUGCAGCAGUUCGGGUUUGGGGAUACAGUGUAGCUGCUGUCGUCGUCAUCAGUCUCGUCGGCUUGUUAGGUGUGGCUGUCAUUCCAAUUAUGCAGAAAUUCUUCUACAAUCAGCUAUUGCAAUUCCUCGUAGCUGUGGCAGUCGGUGCCCUCACCGGGGACGCUAUGCUACAUCUUCUGCCCCACGCAAUCGCCGGCGGGGAGACGGCAGCAAGAGCUGACGAGGACCACGACCAUGGCCAUCUGGACAGUGUCUGGAAGGGACUUUGUGGGCUGUUGGGAAUCUAUUUCUUCUUUAUCGUUCAGCAACUGAUGACCAUUUUGACGGGCACGAGGAACAAGAGGAGGGCCAAGCGGAGAGCCAAGAGGAAGGCAAAAUAUGCAUUUAAGGAUGAAUCGGAACAGUCCGCAGUUGCUGUGAAACUGUCCUCGUACACCGAGUCUGACUGGGAACAGAGCGAUGGCAUGGCGGCAAAUGGCAACAGUGAAGAGACCCAAAGGGAACAAACAGUGCCACUGAAACAGGAAACAAGUCUGAAGGAGAGGAGUGGGUCAGUCACUGGUCACACUGGUCACACUGCCCACGGCCACUCCCACCAUGACGGCCCCCUCCCCGGCUCAGUUUCCGCAGUAGCAUGGAUGGUCAUCCUUGGGGACGGCGUCCAUAACUUCAGCGACGGCCUAGCUAUCGGGGCUGCCUUCGCUAACAGCAUCACAGGAGGAAUCAGUACAUCCAUCGCUGUCUUCUGUCACGAACUUCCCCACGAGAUCGGGGACUUCGCCGUGCUCCUGAAAGCUGGAAUGUCUGUCAAGCAGGCAGUAGUGUAUAACUGUCUGUCCUCCGUUCUGUGUUUUAUCGGGAUGCUGAUUGGUGUCGUGUUGGGAAACAUUGAAGAAGCGUCCCUGUGGAUUUUUGCAUCUGUUGGUGGAAUGUUUAUCUACAUCUCUUUGGUAACUAUGGUACCGGAACUGACGUCAACGGAUACCCAGAAUCCUCUGCGCGACCUCUUCUUACAAUGCGUAGGCGUGUGUGUCGGAUCUGGCAUAAUGUUGAUCAUAGCCAUUUACGAGGAGGACCUUCUGAACGCUUUGGGCUGAACACUGACUCACUCUCUGCUGUCUGCGAGGACCUUCUGAACGCUCUGGGCUGAACACUAACUCACUCUCUGCUCUCUGCGAGGACCUUCUGAACGCUCUGGGCUGAACACUGACUCACUCUCUGCUGUCUGCGAGGACCUUCUGAAGGCUCUGGGCUGAACACUGACUCACUCUCUACUAUUUUCGAGGACGGCCUACAGAACGUUUUAUGCUGAACAUUGACUCAUUCUCUGUUGUGUCCAAGGACAGUCUACUGAACGCACUGGGCUGAACAAAUUAACUCACUCUCUGCUGUUUACGAAGACGGCUUGCUGUUCGCUCUCCGUUAAACAUAGACUCACUGUUGCUGCGUAAAAGGCCUGCCUUCUGAACUAGCUUGGCUGAACAUCGACUCACUGUUGCUGCGUAAAAGAAUGGCCUUCUAAAACUGGCUUUACUGUACAUUGUCUCACUCUUAGAAACAAGUGCCGCACAUGUGUAAUAGCGUGAUCGGUGGUCUAUUAACUCUGUUAGCCAGACUGAAUGUAGUCACAAUGUAAUCAUUUCAACGACAUUUAUAUGUAUAUCUUGCUACGUGAAAUAUAUCCAAACCUUGAAAUAGGUUGAUAAUGA